CAUUGCCCCCCAUCCCUCAAAAAACAAAUCCAGACUCUCACCCCCGAGGCCCUGACCUCGGCGCCGACCCCCUCCCUCCCCUCCGAUUGCUCCCAGCGCUAGGGUUGGGCCAGCGCCGCCGCCCCCGCUCCCCCAUCUCUCCGGCCGCUGUCCGGCGAGGAGCUCCUCUCCGCCCUCUCCAUCUCCCCCGGAAGUGCCGCAGCUGCGUCCCACGGGCCCAGAUCUGCCGGCAGAGCCCCCCUCGUCGCCCGCUGUCCAUGGCCCAUAUCUUUUCAGAUGCUGUACUCAGUGGACAACCUUGAGAUUGGUAGUGUCUUUGAAUCUGAAAUAGGAUGAACUGUUGAUUCAGUUGGAGCUGUUCUGUUCUCAUGUGAGCUCAGUGCCAAGGGUGGCAUGGUAGAUGAAAGGCACUGGGAUAAAGAGUUGUUCCUCACACACCGUGCGCUCUCCUCCCAAAACCCUCGUCGCCGCCAUCGCACCAUGCUGCCACCGGCAAUGAUGGGCGGACUCGUCGACGAGGUCUCCCUGUAGCAACCUGCACAGGAAACCACACCCAGCCACUCUGUUCUGUGCUCGCGCUCUUUCCUUAAUCCCCAACCCGCCCAAAACCCUCGUCUCCACCGCCGUACCAUGCUGCCCCUGCCGCCGCCGCCGGUGCUGCUGAACGAGCUCCUCGAGGAGGUAUUCCUCCGCCUUCCGCCGGACGAGCCAGAGCACCUUGUCCGCGCCUCCUCUGUCUGCAAGCCGUGGCGCGGCAUCCUCGCCGACCCCGGCUUCCGCCGCCGCUACCGCGAGCUCCACGGGACACCUCCCGUCCUUGGAUUUUUCCAGAACAUUCGACGAGGCUGCUGAUUCCUCCCUGCCUCUGCCUUUCGACCUGCCGGAACUGACUUCCGCAGGUGGGUUGCGAUGGACUGUCGCCACGGCCGCGUCCUCUUCCGCGCCAGAAGUCAGGACACCAAGGCGCGUUAUGAAUUCGUCGUCUGGGACCCUAUGACGGGCAACGAGCGUCGCGUCCCCUUGCCGGACAUGAGCCUCAUUUGCUUCACAGCGACGGUGCUCUGCGCCGCGGAAGGCUGUGACCACCAUGGCUGCAAAGGACAAGGUGGGCCGUUCCGCGUGGCCGUCAUUUCUACCACAAGGACACGGGUGACCAAAGCCACAGCUGCCUGCUUAUACUCAUCAGAGUCUGGCUUGUGGAGCGAGCUCACCACUGUUGACAAUCUCGAUGCCUCGGGCCAGAAUACGAUUAUGACGAGCAUCAUUGUGGAUAAUGCGCUCUACUUCAACAGCAUUGGAAAUCACAUUGUCAAGUACCAACUAGCCACACUUGACUUGUCACUGUUUAAGAAGCCGAUCAGGUGCGGUGGGGAACUCAUUACAACGGAAGACGGUGGGUUGGGAUUUGCUUCCCUGAAUUACAUAACCUUAACCCUGUGGUCAAGGGAGACCAGCCCUGAUGGAGCCAUGGGAUGGGCACAACACAGGGUAAUUCAUCUCGUGAAGCUGCUACCUCAUUCUGCCCUCUUGACACUCAGUGUGCCUUACAUCAUAAGUGCGCAUGUCUUCAUGGAUGGCAUCCAAGUAAUUUUCCUGGGCGCAUAUUUUAGUGUCUACAUGGUCGAACUCAAGUCAGGGCGAUCCAGGAAGGUGCUUGAGCAGCUCGGCAAAAUUAUGGACAUAUUUCCCUAUGCGAGCUUCUGCAUUCCAGCAAUGGAAGCAGCUUCUACAGGCCAGGGGCAGUGAGUUGGUGUUUCGAGUGUUGGCAAACUCUAGUUGCUAGAGCAAAGGCUUCUGAAUGAAUAAGAGGUGGUACUAGUGAUGUUAGAGUUGACACAAGUGUGGAUUUGGAUAUGUAAGAGUACUGCUGAUCUUAUUCUGGGUUUAUGGAACUUGCUCGUUGGUGUAGUUUGACGAGGGCUUCUAUGUAAGCUGGUCUCCCCAGCAUGAUCCUCCUCAGUAUGUAGCUCAAACUGUCAGUUCCGAAUUUGAAAUGAAAAAGAUUGUGAAUUAAAGCUUCAUUUUGACUGAAA